AUGGCGGAGGAGCAGGACCUCUCGGAGGUGGAGCUGAGCCCCGUGGGCUCGGAGGAGCCGCGCUGCCUGUCCCCGGGCGGCGCGCCCGCGCUGGGGCCCGACGGCGGCGGCAGCGGCGGGGGCUCGGGCCUGCGCGCCAGCCCGGGGCCCGGGGAGCUGGGCAAGGUCAAGAAGGAGCAGCAGGACGGCGAGGCGGACGACGACAAGUUCCCCGUGUGCAUCCGCGAGGCCGUCAGCCAGGUGCUGAGCGGCUACGACUGGACGCUGGUGCCCAUGCCCGUGCGCGUCAACGGCGCCAGCAAGAGCAAGCCGCACGUCAAGCGGCCCAUGAACGCCUUCAUGGUGUGGGCGCAGGCGGCGCGCCGCAAGCUGGCCGACCAGUACCCGCACCUGCACAACGCCGAGCUCAGCAAGACGCUGGGCAAGCUCUGGAGGCUGCUGAACGAGAGUGACAAGCGCCCCUUCAUUGAGGAGGCCGAGCGGCUUCGCAUGCAGCACAAGAAGGACCACCCGGACUACAAGUACCAGCCGCGGAGGAGGAAGAACGGGAAGGCGGCCCAGGGCGAGGCCGAGUGCCCCGGCGGGGAGGCCGAGCAGGGCGGGGCCGCCAUCCAGGCCCACUACAAGAGCGCCCACUUGGACCACCGGCACCCGGGAGAGGGCUCCCCGAUGUCAGACGGGAACCCCGAGCACCCCUCAGGCCAGAGCCAUGGCCCCCCGACCCCGCCGACCACCCCAAAGACAGAGCUGCAGUCGGGCAAGGCAGACCCCAAGCGGGACGGGCGCUCCCUGGGGGAGGGCGGAAAGCCUCACAUCGACUUCGGCAACGUAGACAUCGGGGAGAUCAGCCACGAGGUAAUGUCCAACAUGGAGACCUUCGACGUGGCUGAGUUGGACCAGUACCUGCCACCCAACGGGCACCCGGGCCACGUGGGCAGCUACUCAGCAGCUGGCUACGGGCUGGGCAGCGCCCUGGCCGUGGCCAGUGGACACUCCGCCUGGAUCUCCAAGCCGCCGGGCGUGGCUCUGCCCGCGGUCUCGCCACCCGGCGUGGAUGCCAAGGCCCAGGUGAAGACGGAGACGGCGGGGCCCCAGGGCCCCCAGCACUACAGCGACCAGCCGUCCACCUCGCAGAUCGCCUACACCUCCCUCAGCCUGCCCCACUACGGCUCCGCCUUCCCCUCCAUCUCCCGCCCCCAGUUCGACUACUCUGACCACCAGCCCUCGGGACCCUACUACGGCCACUCAGGCCAGGCCUCCGGCCUCUACUCGGCCUUCUCCUACAUGGGGCCCUCCCAGCGGCCCCUCUACACGGCCAUCUCUGACCCCAGCCCCUCGGGGCCCCAGUCCCACAGCCCCACGCACUGGGAGCAGCCGGUAUAUACGACGCUGUCCCGGCCUUAA